ACCCCGCUCCCACCUCCUCCUCUCCGUCCCCCUCCGGCCUCCACCGCCCCGCUCCUCUUUCUCCUCCUCGUCCGCGCCCAAUCUCAGGACGCAGCCGCAGCGGCUGAUGGCCGGCCCGGCGGCGACCGGCGGUGGGAAGGGGGCAGCGGGAGGGAUUAAGGUCGGCGGGAGCGGGGGGCCCGCGUUCGUGGGGCAGGUCUUCACCAUGCUCGACCCCUCCGGGAACGGCCUCAUGGCCGUCACCAGACGCUUCGACCUCCCGCACUUCAUCGCCGACAGGACUCCUACAUGGUUUAAAAGGAUAUUGUCACCACUGAAGAAGAGUGACAAUGAUCCAGUGUUUAGGUUUUUUAUGGAUCUGAAUGAUUCAGUGUCCUAUGUUAAGCGGCUAAAUGUCCCAAGUGGUAUGGUGGGGGCUUGUCGACUUGAUGUAGCUUAUGAACAUUUCAAGGAAAAGCCUCACAUGUUCCAGUUUGUUCCAAACGAGAAGCAGGUCAAAGCUGCUAAUAAGCUCUUAAAGUCAAUCCCACAAAGGGGCAGAAGGAAAAAACUUGCUGGUGUACCUGUUUUUAGUGCUCAAAAUUUGAAUAUUGCAGUGGCAACGAAUGAUGGAAUUAGAUGGUAUUCACCAUACUUUUUUGAUAAAAACUUGUUGGACAAUAUUCUUGAAGCUUCAAUGGAUCAGCAUUUUCAUUCAAUGAUUCAAAACCGCCAUAUACAACGUAGAAGAGAUAUUGUUGAUGAUAGUUUAACAUCAGAAAUACUUGAAGAAAGUGCAGACAGCUUGCUUGAGCCCCCAGAGAUGCAAGAAUUAAUGAAUGAGAUUGGUCCAGCUGGAAUACCAUUAAGUGUUGUAACAAAAGCCGCUGAGAUCCAGUGUCUUGAUGUUGUUGAUAAACUACUUCUAGGAAAUAAGUGGCUCAGAAGAGCUACUGGCAUACAACCACAUUUUCCUUAUGUUGUUGACUCAUUUGAAGAAAGGACAGCAAUUUCAGUUGACAGGAUUGCUACCUCCUGUAAUACUUCAACUGCCUCUAAGGAUGCUGACUGCUGCCCAGUUGAUCAGCAAUCUCAAACUUUGGAGCCAAACGUUGAUAGCGGCAACGACAGAAAACACAAUAGCCGAGAUCAUGGCCAGUCUCACUUCCCAUUUAGCAAUCUACUUUCUAAUAUUUGGCCAGGGCAUGAUAGAACGUUCAAAAAGCAAGAAAAUGACUCCAGAUCCAGAAGAUAUGAUUCAAGCAUGAAAGAUGAUUUGCAAGCAAACCCUCUUCUCCCCAAAAUCACCAUGGUUGGCAUCUCCAUGAGCGAAGGGGGACAAAUGAGCAAGGCCAACCUAAAGAAAACAAUGGACGACUUGACCAAAGAGUUGGAGCAAGCAGGCGAAAAAACGGUCUUCAGCGGUGAGAAAGAUCCGCUGUUUGUUGCCAAUGUUGGUGAUUACUCCAGGAUUACAAAGUUUAGUUCGACAUGAGAUUCAUUUUUGGUACACGAGAUUCAUUCUCGCAAAGCACAAGUAUGAGCACCUUCCUGUGCUUCUCAUGAAGAGCUUCUGAUUCAUCUACUCAUCCAGUCGACCCGGCGCAUAAUUGAUGUCUUAACAAAAUCAGCUGGACAAGUCAAUAUUUUAACUUCAGCGUCAUAUGGCGUUGCAAACGGCGUGAGGGCUAGUAUGUAUGUUUGUAAAAAAAAAUUGCCCAUGGUUUUGUCAGUACAUGAGGAUUGAGGAGACAUACAGGCAUGCCGGGGUUCUGCAAGACGUUCCUGUUUCCUUUUUCAGAAUUCGACAGAAGACAGACAGUCUGCCAAAGGAUGCUGUGUACAUGUAUAAUUGGCAUUUGCUGCCAUUGUAUGUACAACAAAUUACUGUAAGGAAGUUUGUUGGUCCGAGUUUGUCAUGAAUUAGACGACAUAUUUGUAUUUUAUUCCCUCCAUUCGGAAAUAAGCAACGCUGUUCUAGUUCAGUGUCAUUGAGGGAGUAUUUGAAAAUGAACAAUGAAUCUGUUCUAGUUCAGUGUCACUUGUUUCCGAACGGAGGGAGUAUUUGAAAAUGGUCAAUGAAUCGGAUAACUGGAAGAACAUAUAUAUAGAUCAAAACAGCUCAUACUGAUUUA